AGCGACCCCGAGGAGAUGGAAAAGCGCUCUAAUGGCAGAAGGUCUGGGAGGAGGAGAAAAUCUCAGAAAUCUACUGACUCACCCAACGGAGAUAAAGUUCCGGUUGAGGCUCUUGCAAGGGAGGACUCUGUGUUCGUGGAGGAUGUAGCACCCGAAGCGGCCGCAGAAAAAAGCCCUGGAGAAAAGAAAGUAAAAUCGCCAACUGCAGCCUCCGGAGCGGCUGUACCUGAAAGGAGCGCCUCGGCUUCUGGCAACCCCGACCCCAAGGCAGGGGCUGCUCACCUGAAAGGACACCAGAGAGGGGACUCGGACAAAAGCAGGCAAUCCCAGCUCCCCACCGCUUCACCGACCAAAAGGAAGGGCAGAAGCCGCCAGUCCGAAGCCAGCCCCCUCUCCCCUCCGGGGGGUUCCAAGAAUUCAGGCAAAGAUUCUCCUCUCAAAAAGCCGUCUGGGACGCUCCCCGAUGGGAAUUCCGCUUGUACACCCAAAGUAGCGGCUGGGGACAAGUCAGCCACCGCCCUCGGGCUGGGGAGUGAGAACGGAGAGGAAGGGGUAGCGGCUGCCAAGGUUAUACCCCGCGAGCUUACGGUGAAGAGCAGCACCUUGCUGCCCGAAAUCCGCCCUGAGCAUAAGAGAAGCUCUUUCCUCAACAACUUGGAUGGCAGAGCGGAGGGGGGCAGAAACAGAGGCGAGCUUGGGAGACUGACUGCCAGCUCUGACCCUGACAACUGCAAACACAGAAGCCACUUGGGUGCUGCCCGAGCAACAGUAACCACCAAGAUUAACCUCCCAGCCAAGCCUAAACAUGUGGAGUUGAAUUUCAAAGCCCCAAAGAAUCUGGAGAGCUUAGGAAAUGAUCAUAAUCCAUUUAGCCAGCCAGUUCAUAAAGGAAAUACUGCCAACAAGAUUUCCUUAUUUGAAAAUAAGCGUGCUAACAAUAGCCCGAGAAACACAGACAGCCGGGGUGUGAAGAGUGUACCACCAUCAAAGACCUUUGUUGGUAGAGCAAAGCUUAACUUAGGGAAAAAAUCCAAGGAAAUUGAACUGCUGGAAAAGAGAGGAAAUAUGCAAAACAAUCACCCAAAUGGUGGGUUGUUGAAGGAAGCCUCCAUGGAAAAGAAGACUAUUCCCCCAGAAGAACAUAUUCUUCCAGAGACUGCAAAUAGUGGGGAGACAACUGCUGAUUGUCAGCUGGGCCCAACUGAAAAAGUAGAUGUUCAAAGAGACCCCUCCUGUCCUGUAGAACAAAUAGAUGCUGCUCAGAUUCCCAAUAAGGAUCCGGAAAUCCUUGCAGAAAACAAUUUGAAGACUGUCAACAGUACUGGACUUGAAAACAAGAUUGACCUAGAUAAGGAAAGCAAAGACUCAACUCAAACAGUGCCACUAAAAUCUUCCGCAGAUGUUCUUGACUUGCAUCCCGUAGUAGAGAUGUCUAAUGGUCCUUUCAUCCCACAGCCAGCAUCUGUUUCCAUGGCAGCUAGUGAAGAUACUUCUGUCCGUUGUGAUGGGGAUGCAGCCCCUGCUGGUAGCAAUUCUGGUGCUGAUCUGAAAGAGUUGUCUCGGCCAUCAUCAGAAUCAGGAGGUCAUGCCGAGUGUGGCUUACCUGUCUCGUGUGAAAAUAACAAAAUGACCCCAAAUGAACUUGGAAGAGAAGACAGAAUCACGACAUCUGCAGAGGAUUCAUUAAACACAGAAACCUGUGAAAGUAAGCCAUCCAAAGUCCGUGUCCACGUUAGGUCUUAUGUGUUACCUGUGGAAACUGCUCAAAGUCGAGCUCCACAUAUUAUCUUAGAUAGUUCAGAAGUUGAAGAAGUUCGAGUGACGAGUUAUUAUAAUAAUGGAGAUGAAGUAGAUUCUUCUCACAGCUGCACUUCUGUAAAAGAUGGGGUGCCAGACACUAAGGCCAUCUCACCAAAGGAUGUGGAAUGUAAAGGAGAGCACCCAGAAAAAUCUGGACUGCCACUGGAGUUAGAGAAGACUGUGUCCAUCCAGGCACCAAAUAAUGACAGCAAAAUAGUCAUGGCAACCGAGUCAAGCCCAGCCAACUCACAGGGUAGUAAAGGCAGUUUAGAACUUUUACCAAGACCAAGUCAAGACAUCCAAGAUGUUGAAGGCAGUCCUGCCAGUGGUCUGAAUGUUUCUGUAGGGAGUGAUGACAGUACUUUUGAUUCUUCUGCUGAUAUGGAAAAAUUCACAGAAAUCAUCAAAAAGAUGGACAGCUCCAUUUGUGUGCCCCAGAAGAAAAAGAAGGCCAGGAUUCCAAACUCUCCCGCUCCCCAUUUUGCCAUGCCUCCUAUUCAUGAAGACAACUUAGAAAAAGUGUUUGACCCCAACACAUUUACUUUUGGGUUGGGGAAAAAAAAAGAAAACCAGCAAGACAUGUCACCAAGUUUACAUCUCUUCCCAGGUCUGGAUACCAAAUCUAAAUUGAGGCCCAAGCGUUCCUCUGCAGAACAGAGCAUACUCUUCAAGUCAGUGAAUACGCCUACCAAAAAUGAACUCAUAGAAUGUCCAGAACCAAAUGGAAAGGAGAAUAAGGACAUUGCAAAUGGUGGAAUUAAGAGAUCUAGGCUAGAAAAAAGUGCUCUUUUCUCCAGCAUGUUAUCUUCUUCCACUACAGCCUCAGAAAAAGUCUUUUCACCAUCAGUGACAUCCGUCAACACAAUGACCACAUCUUUUGGCACGUCUCAGAACAGUUCUCUCUUGCCAAAGUCGACUGCUUCAAAGACUGGUUCUGAUGGAAUAUCAGGCCUUUCCACUCAGCCCAGUAAUUCAGAAAAUGAACUCCCCAAACUUCCAUCGGCCAACUCCUCAAAGAUCUUCAACUUUGACUCAUCAAGUAAAUCACUGUCAGGUUUAAGAAGUCCAAACUAUGUGGAAAAAUACUUGCAAACAGGUGAAACAAAGAGAGAUCCGGAUUCACGGAACAACCUGACUUUAACAGAAACUCGAUUUUCUGAAUUUUCCAAGCUUAAGAACACCAGUGGUAUAGAAAAACCUACUUCGUUUGAAAGUGCUCUUAAACCACAGAUGCCAAACUUUGGGAGCAAUGAUGUGGAUUUCAUGGGUUAUCUAAAACCCAGCAUCUUUGAACCAAGUAUUUCCUUGGCUGGAAUGACAUUAUCAGACACCCCGGUAUUUAAAGCAAGUAUGCAGAAUAAAAUCAAUCCUCGACCUGGAAAGGUGGUGAUCUAUAGUGAACCCACUUUCUCUGGGAAUUGCUUUGAAGUUUUCAGUGACAUCCCUGAUUGUACCUCUUGGAGUCUGUCACCAGUGAUCAUUGUAAAAGUAGUUCGAGGAUGCUGGAUUUUAUAUGAGAAACCAAAUUUUGAAGGGAACUCGGUUCCUCUUGAAGAAGGAGAAUUGGAGUUAUGUGAUCCCUGGAGAAUGGAAGAUAUUUUGGUAGAAAACGAGGAGGACAAAUCUGCUAAGCCCAUGGUGAUUGGUUCAAUUAGACAUGUAAUUAAGGAUUACAGAAUUAGUCAUAUUGACUUGUUUACUGAAACAGAAGGGUUGGGACUUGUAAAUUCCUACUUUGAUGACACUGAAGAAAUGCAGAUGUAUGGUGCAAUACAGAAGACAUGUUCCAUUAAAGUGCAUUGGGGCACAUGGCUGGUUUAUGAAGAACCUGGCUUUCAGGGUAUUCCUUUUGUCCUCGAGCCUGGUGAAUAUCCUGAUUUAGCCUUCUGGGGCACAGAAGAAGCAUACAUUGGAUCAAUGAGGCCCCUGAAAAUGGGUGGUCGAAAAGUUGAAUUCCCUGCAGAUCCAAAGGUCAUCAUUUAUGAAAAGCCUUUUUUUGAAGGAAAAUGUAUGGAACUAGAAACAGAAAUGUGUAAUUUCAUCACACAAGGAGAUGAAACUGAGGAAGCUGGAGAAGAUAAUUUGCAUUUGAAAUCAGUAGGGUCAAUAAAAGUUCUAGGAGGCAUUUGGGUUGCUUUUGAGAAACCAGGCUUUACAGGACAUCAGUAUUUGCUGGAAGAAGGUGAAUACAAGGAAUGGCAAGAUUGGGGUGGCUAUGAUGGAGAAUUGAAGUCUUUACGGCCUAUAUUAGGUGAUUUUUCAAAUGCUCACAUGAUAAUGUAUAGUGAAAGGAAUUUUGGAACCAAAGGUUCAAAUAUUGAUGUAUUAGGAAUUGUUGCCAAUUUAAAGGAUACGGGAUAUGGAGUGAAGACACAGUCUAUUAAUGUAUUAAGUGGAGUAUGGGUGGCCUAUGAAAAUCCAGAUUUCACAGGAGAGCAAUAUAUACUUGAUAAAGGAUUAUAUACUAGCUUUGAAGACUGGGGAGGCAAGAAUUGUAAGAUCUCUUCAGUUCAACCUAUAUGUUUGGAUACCUUUACUAGCCCAAAGGAAAGAAAUAAAGUUCACUUAUUCUCAGAACCAGAAUUCUGUGGUAGCAGUAAAGUUCUUGAAGAAACUACAAAUCAAAUUGAAGAUUCCUUUUCUGCAAAGUCUUGCAGAGUUUUGGGGGGCAGCUGGGUUGCUUAUGAUGGGGAAAAUUUCUCCGGUAACCAGUAUGUAUUAGAAGAAGGACACUAUCCUUCUCUGUCUGCAAUGGGAUGUCCUCCAGAAACGAAUUUUAAGUCUCUUCGCUUUAUAGAUGUUGAAUUUUCAGAACCAACAAUAGUUCUUUUUGAAAGAGAAGACUUCAAAGGGAAAAAAAUUGAACUUAAUGAAGAAGUAGUGAACCUCCGGUUCCUGGGAUUUAGUACUCAAAUACGCUCCAUCCAGGUCAUUGGUGGCAUAUGGGUCACUUAUGAAUUCAGCAAUUAUAGGGGACGCCAGAUCUUGCUGUCACCUGCAGAAGUACCCAAUUGGUAUGAAUUUAGUGGCUGCCGCCAGAUAGGUUCUCUCAGGCCUUUUAUUCAGAAACGGAUCUACUUCCGGCUUCGCAAUAAAGCCACCGGGUUGUUCAUGUCAACCAAUGGAAACCUGGAGGACCUGAAGCUUCUCAGGAUACAAGUGAUGGAGGAUGUCGGAGCCGACGAUCAGAUAUGGAUCUACCAAGAAGGAUGCAUCAAGUGCAGGAUUGCGGAGGAUUGCUGCCUGACCAUCGUGGGAAGCCUUGUGACCUCGGGCUCCAAGCUGGGCCUGGCGCUGGACCAGAAUGAGGACAGCCAGUUCUGGAGCAUCAAGUCUGACGGCAGAAUCUAUAGCAAGCUGAAGCCAAACCUUGUGUUAGACAUCAAAGGAGGUGCACAAUAUGACCAAAACCACAUUAUUCUCAACACUGCCAACCAAGAGAAAAUGACUCAAGUUUGGGAAGCCUUGAUCCUGUAAACUUGGACAAAGAAUGCAAGAGUUACUCUGGACCUACAGUUAGAUACUUAACUGGAUAGAGUUGUCGUGUUGGUGAAAAGUUGGACAUGGAACAUUCAGCUUGAAUUCUAAAAACCAGCAUUCAGCCUUGAAAGCACAUCAUUAUUCUGUAUUUUCAGGACAGAUUUGUGACUUAUAGUUUCUUACUGAGUUUUGGCAAUUCUAAUUCUGUAUUUUUUUAAAGGAGCUGCUUAACAAGAUUGCCUUAUUAGAAAAUGUUUUGCGUUACUUGAGACUUGUUAAUAUCACAUCUGUCUGUUAUAAAUUAUUCCCUAAAAUGUCUUGACAGAAAAGAAUGUAAACAUGCUAACAAAACAAAACAUUCUGGACCCAUAAAAGAAGUUGAACUGUACAAAGUGGGGAACGGUGGAAGCAGAAAUUUGCAAUAGAAAGGAUAGACCCUACAUAGCUGGAAAGUUCCAGCUCCACGUCUAGAAUGCAGGAGAUGGCUCCCCAAAGUUUGCUGAACUGUCAAAAAGAAAUGUAAA